CGCAGACCAGGAAGCUAUUUCAGUAACUCUUCCGAGUUAGCUUAGCACUUUACAAAUGCUGCUCUUGUCUUUAUUUCAAAGUAAACUUUGAGCAGGAUUUGAUAUAAGGCGGUUUGGUUUGUAAAGUUCGGGCACGUCGGUGCGCCUGAAACGAUGAGUUUAUCGGCAGGAAACUACGCUAACUCUUAGCAUUCUGGUCCAUUCUCAGUGAGCACUGAAGCUAACUGUUUACAUACUCAUUCCCAGUGAGCAGUGAAGCUAACUGUUAUCAUUUGCACUGAGCUGAGACAUGGGUGUGAAAGGUCUUCAGGGGUUUAUGUACACUUGCUGUCCUGAGGUCUGUGUGACUGUGAACCUGAGAGAGAUGGCAGCUCAACAUGUUGCCAGAGGCUCAGCCACAGCCAACAGCUCAGACCCCACACUUGUUGUGGAUGGUAUGGCCUGUCUGUGUCACUGGUACUCGUGUAAGAACUGGGUGUGUGGGGGGCAGUGGAGGGAAUACAUGGAUGUCCUGAAGAGCUGGGUGGGAGCAUUUGACUCUGCUGGCAUCAGAUUGGUCUUCUUCUUUGAUGGAGUGGUGGAGGAGCAAAAGAGACAAGAGUGGGUGAAGAGGAGACGCAGAGUAAAUGGAGAAAUUUCUAAAAUAUUUAAUUAUAUUAAGACACAUGGGGAGCAGCCGGGUAAAAAUCUCUUCUCCCUUCCCUCUGCUCUGGCAACGUUCACAUGCUUUGCUCUGAGGUCACUGGGUCAGGAAGUGUUUUGCUCAGUGAAGGAAGCUGACUAUGAAAUUGCCAACUACGCUCGUCAGCAUAGCAGCAUGGGCAUCCUGGGACAGGACUCGGACUUCAUCAUAUAUGACAGUGUCCCUUACUUAUCAGUGGAAAAGCUGCAAAUAAACAGCCUCACCACUGUCUUGUAUGACAGACAGAGGUUCUGUCGAGCCAUCGGACUAACUACUGCUCAGUUACCUCUGCUGGCUUGUCUCCUAGGCAAUGAUGUGGUGUCAGAGGGGCAGAUGCAGCACAUUCGAAACGAUGCUGUGGCAACAUACAGGAAACACGAUCUUGCUCCACACCACACUCCUCGUGGUCAGAUGGUCCUGGCUGUAUCCAAGCUUGUAAGCUCUUUGUGGGGCAGAGACGAGGAAGAGCCUGGGCAAAUUCUCCAGUCCAUGAAUCUAUCUGCUCCUCAAAGAGAGCUGCUGAAGAGGGGGAUCUCCUUCUACAUCCUACCCGGUCAAGAAGCAUUUCAGCGAUGUGACAUCCCUUUACAUCCCUCUGCCUCUGCCUUUGAGAAAUAUGUUAGUCCGGAGAUAUUAAAGGCAUGCACAGAGAAGCAUGUAACGACGGAGGGUUUUAUGGUUUACCAUGUGUUGUGUGCUGGAGUCAUUCAAUGUAGCAACACUUUGGAGGAUGAAGAGGACACUGAACUGCUUCCUCAGGCUCUCGUCUACAAACCCUGUAGACAGCACAUUUACGGACUGCUGCUUGGUCACCAUGGCAGCACAGUUGACUCUCCAGUGAUUAGAGAAUGGUUUGUCUACCCUGGAAACCCUCUGACGGAACCGGACAUGGUCCACCCUGUUCAAGUCAACCCUCCAUGUGGUCAUCCCAGUCUUGAUUUGUUGUGGUUAGGCACUGAUCCUAAUGUUUCUGCCCUUCGCCUGAAAUCCUUCUUGACCAUUUUUGACUGCCAGGAGUUGUCUGAGUUGUACGGCACCAUUGAAGACUCUCUCCUGGCUGCGUUGUGUUUGGUCAGUUUCAUAGUCCUGCAGAUGCAGUCGGUGUCUCAAGAGGAUGUGGAUGCUUACCUGAGUCAGUGUAUCUGUCUGAGCAUGAAAUCUUCUCAGGAGCUUCAGCAGAUCAAGCUGCCUUUCCUCUCCAGUCGGGCAGUGCAGCUGGGAUCUCUCUACGUCCGAGGACUGAGCCAUCUGCUGGGUGCUAACUGUGCCAGUGGCUGCCCGUUGCCCAACGCCGCCCUGAUGCCUUGGCACAGCUUUGAUGGACAGCUGUUCCACUCCAAAUACAUGCUGGCUCAUAGUGGAGCAGAGAAAACCGUGCUGCUGGACAGUGAUUCCUCGCGCCUGUCCUUGUUUCUCCACCUGAGAGAGAAACUUAUAGAAACCUGUAGGAAGAGAGGCAGAGUCCUGCAGUCCAAACCAAGAACCAACAACGCACCAGCACCAAGUCAUAGAACCACGGCAACACCUGGAUACAGAGCGAGACGCGCAGGUUGGCCUUCAGGUGGUGGUGAGCACCAGAGAGGGACAGGAGAGAUGACGGGAGGUGGAUGGAGGAAGCAGGAGGAGGAAAGAAGAGACCAGAGUGAAUAUGGAAGCAGAGAGAGACUGUGGGAGAGAGGACGAGGAGGAGGCCAACAUUUCAACCCUCACUUUCACCCAAACUCCUACAGUGGAAAUCCACAGUACACGAGCGGUUCUCCCAGACAGUACAUAGGUCAGUCACACCGCAGAGGCAGAGGACGAUACCACCUGGCCCCCAGGUGGUCUCAGCCUCCUGCACCUGGAACAUAACUCUCUCGACUCUGAACAGAGAGGAUUAGCGGUGAGAGCUUGGGGAGUUAAGAGGAUGGGAAAUAUGUGAUGAAAGAAGAGAAGGAAUCAGAUUUCUCUGAACAAACUGAUUAGUGAAUCACCCAUCAGGAAUGUUUGUCUAAAGGAUGCACUAGGUAGAGAAAUGGGGAUUGAGAAGGGUCAGUAUUAAGAGACUAUUUUAAUUUGAAUUUGUAUAUUGUAUAUAUAAAGCAGUCCUUAUACCAACUAAUCAUGCAUCUCAGGGAAACAUACUUGUCAUAUUUUGAGUUCAGAGUAAGUUGGCAAGGAAUUAUAGAAAUGUGGGAUUUUACCCUGAGAAGUGGAUUAAUGGUUAAUCCUCCAGCCUGUUGUUACCUCUUAUCUUUGACUUUAAAAGGCAAAGAUCUUAAAAGCUUGUGUAUCCAGUGCCAUAAUCCUUUUAAAGUCAUGGUUUGAAGUGGAAAAACAGUCAUGUAAUAUAAGCUGUUACAGGAGUCAAUGGUCUCUGCUCCUUUUUUUCUGCUCGGCUGUUUGUUACAGAGGAAGAUGAUUGAUAAUUUAAACAUUGAACUCUUGACUGUAAAGGUCUUUAGGGCUUUAUGCACACUGUGAUUCACACCAUACAACCCCUGUGUGUAGUAAUUGUCCCCCACAACAUCACUUAAUUUCAUAUUGAAUGAAUUAUUUGAUUAAUUAUUUUGGUCCAUAAAAUUGUAAAAACCAGUAAAACAUUUUAAAAACUCACGACAUUCUCAUCAAUUCUUCUCAAUCUUGUUUUAACCACAAAGCAGUUUUUCUGGUGUCUUUGUUAUAUGAAUGAAAAAAAAACCUAGAAAGUAUUUACAUGUAAGACUCUGAGGAGUCACAGAUGUUGAAUUUAAAAAGAUUAAGUGAUCAAAUUAUCUGGCUAUUAAUUUGGUAAUCAUCUAAUAUAGGGAUGCAUGGAUACCACUUUUUCUGACUGAGUACAAGUAUGAUUACUUAAGUUUUAGUACUUGUCUAUACUGAGUAUUAAAUAAUUAAAUUACA